AUGAAUACUUUUUUGUUCCUAAAUUUUUUAUUUCUCAUUCAGCCAGCUUUUCAAUUAUCAGACAGUGAAACUUUUUUGAUAUACAAUGAAAAUCUUAAUCGUUGCCUAAAACUUCAAGAAUCUCGUUCCUUCUCCCUUGAAAUCUGCAACAAGUAUAGCGACCAGCAAAAGUUUAAGUGGGCAUCCGAUUAUCAGUUAUUGAAUAUGGCUGUAAGGUUAUGUCUGAGUGUACCUUCCAAAACAAACAUGGUUCCAGUUACACUGUCACCAUGCAACAAAACCCUUGAUGAACAAAAAUGGGGAUGCAGAAAUGACACGCUUGUCCUUGCAACAGAAGAACUAUUUUUAAAUCCUGCUAAUGGGCAUGAGAAUAAGGUUAUAGUAUCAGCAAACUCCACCAAAAAGAGUGUUUGGAAGAUUUACGGAACACAGAAAAUCUUAUGCUCCCAGAAAUAUGAAGCUCUAUUCACUAUAGAAGGCAAUUCCUUGGGAGCACCUUGUGUGUUUCCUUUUAAGUAUAUGAAUAAAUGGUAUGCUGAAUGCAUAGUUAAUGAUGAUGAACGCCAACGACUUUGGUGUGGAACAACUCCAGAUGUGGACAAAGACUCUUUAACUGGAUAUUGCCCCAUAAACGAUAAAAAUGAUAACUUUUUCUGGACCAAAAAUCAUUGGACAGAAGAUCUCUACCAGAUCAAUUCUGGCUCAGCUCUAACAUGGGAUGAAGCAAGAAAAAGCUGCCAGCAACAAAAUUCAGAAUUAUUGAGCAUCAACGAAUUAUAUGAGCAAGCAUAUUUGACAGGAUUAACACAAAAUUCAGAAGCCAACUACUGGAUUGGUCUUAAUAAUCCAGAUUUUGACAAUGGAUGGCAGUGGAUUAGUGACCAACCUUUAAAAUAUUUAAACUGGGCUCCAGGUAGUCCCUCUUCAGAAACAGGAAAAACCUGUGGAUUGUUACAGGGUCGGAAUGGCAAAUGGGAAAAUAAUCUGUGUGAACUGAAGAAUGGAUACAUCUGUAAGAGAAUAAACUCUUCAAUACAGGCAUCUUUGCCUUCUUUAGAUGAUCUUAAGCCAAUUAAAUGUCCAAAUAACUGGGUUGGAUAUGCAAAACACUGUUACCGUCUGAAUAGAGAUCGCAAAACGUGGAAGGAUGCUUCAGUCUCCUGCCAAAAGGAUGGUGGACAUUUACUAAGUAUACAUGAUAUUGAGGAAUACAGCUUUGUUUUUUCUCAGCUUGGCUAUGAAUCAACAGAUAAUUUGUGGAUAGGACUAAAUGACCAGAAGACUUCUUCAUAUUUUGAAUGGAGUGAUGGUACUACAGUGAGAUUCAUCAAAUGGCAGAAAGGAGAACCCACACUUAUAAGCAACAUGCAGGAAGACUGUGUCAUCAUGACUGGGAAGAAUGGAUACAUGGCAGAUCAUUUCUGUGAAGAGGAAUUAGGAUACAUCUGUAAAAAAGAGUCUUCAGAAUUUCUUCCUGAAACAGAUGAGGUUGCUGAUCCAAAAUGCCAGAAAGGCUGGAAAAGAUAUGGUUUCUAUUGUUACUUAAUUGGAAAGACACUUGGAUCAUUUUCAGAAGCAAAGACAUCUUGUGAAACAAACCAAGGAUUUCUUAUCUCUGUGGAGAAUAGAUUUGAGCAGGCCUUCCUGACCAGCCAAAUUGGACACCGUCCUGAAACAUAUUUCUGGAUUGGCCUUUCGGAUGUAGCAAAUCCAGGCACUUUCAACUGGACCAAUGGAGACCCCGUUCAGUUCACUCACUGGAAUGCAAAAAUGCCUGGCCAAAAUCUUGGCUGCGUUGCCAUGAGAACGGGAGAUGCUGCUGGACUGUGGGAUGUUGUCAAUUGUGAAGAGAAGGCCGCCUUCCUUUGCAAGCAAUUGGCUGAAGGCGUGACGCCUCCUCCAAUCCCAGAACCAACACCCCUUGCCAACUGUCCUGAGGGAUGGAUCGCAAGCCCAACAAGGAAUAUCUGCUUCAAGGGCUAUACAGAGAAGAAAACUGAAAAGAAAACUUGGUUUGAGGCACAUGACUUUUGUAAAUCAAUUGGAGGAGACCUGGCUUCUUUUCAUAGUAAACAAGAGUUUUAUUUAGUAAACAAACUGCUGCAAUAUCAACACAGCUGGGUUGGUUUAAGAAUUGUGGAUUCUAGCCCAGGAUAUACUUGGACUGAUGGGUCUCCUGUAAAUUAUGAACCAAACUCACGUUGGUAUUAUUCAGAAAGUGAAAAUAAUGAAAGAUGCAAAUCAAUAUGGGGAAAUACUAGAUAUUGGUCUUCAAAGAGAUGCAGCCUAUUAGGAUAUUGGAUCUGUCAAAUUGCAAGAGAACAUUCUUUUAUAAGAAUUGAAGAUGGCUGGAUUGAAUAUAAAAGCAAUGAGUAUUAUUUCAGUAAUACAAUAAUGCCUGCAGAAAAAGCCAGGAAGUUCUGCAAACAACAUGGUGGCGAUCUUACCACCAUUGAGAGUAAAGAAGAAAAUAUAUUUUUGUGGAAAUAUAUCUUCCAUUAUGAAAAUCAUAAUACUUACAUUGGUUUAACCUUGGGCCUUGACAAAAAGUUCGGAUGGAUGGAUGGAACUCCAGUGACAUAUGAAGCCUGGUCCCCCGGUGAACCCAACUUUGCAAAUGAUGAUGAAAACUGUGUAGUUAUGUAUUCUGAUUCAGGUGUAUGGAAUGAUUUAAACUGUGGUGUUGAGACAACCUUCAUCUGCGAGAGACACAAUAGCUCUGUCCGUACAACUGCAGCGCCCACAUUACCUGCAAUUCCAAAAGGGUGCAGUGAGGGUUGGCUUUGGUUUAAUGACAAGUGCUUCCAAGUAUUUGGCUUCGUAGAAGAGGAGAAGAAAAACUGGAGCGCUGCACGUGAUCACUGCAGAAACCUAGGAGGAAACCUGGCUAGUAUACCAAGCAAAGCUGUUCAAGCUUUUCUCACAGUGCAAUUAAAAAGUGCUAGUGGUAAUAUUUGGACUGGAUUUACUGACAAGAAUUGGGGCGGACAUUUCAUGUGGACUGAUGGGAGUGGAGUCUAUUUUACAAAUUGGGCUAAAGGGUCACCUCGUUCACACGAUGGUGACUGCGUUUUUAUGAUGACAAAACCUGAAAGGCUUGCAGGAUGUUGGAGAGUUGGAUCCUGUUCUUCUAAGAUGACCUACAUCUGCCAAAAAAAUACUGGUCCUGAACCUUACUCUGAACCAACAGUUCCAGCAUCUCACUAUAUCAGUUAUGGAAAUAGCAGCUAUUCUAUGGUUAGUCCCAAGAUGACCUGGGAAGAAGCAAGGAAGAAAUGUGAAUCUGAAAAUGCAAAACUUGCCACCAUUGUAGACCCCUAUGCAGAAUCAUUCAUAUGGCUGCAAGUGCUCCAACAUAAGGAGCCUGUAUGGAUUGGACUAAGCAGCAAAGAGAUUGAUUCUGGGUACAAAUGGGUAAGUAACAGGAGGCUAGCAUACACUAACUGGGCUGCUGAAGAACCAAGGCAUAACACAGCCUUUGUCUACUUAGAUAUUGAUGGUUAUUGGAAAACAGGAAAUUACAGUGAAAAACACUCCUCUGUUUGUGAGAGAUAUAAUGGUAUAGUACCAACUGAGAGGCCACAAUCAGCAGGAAAAUGCCAAACUUCCAAAAACAAACACGAAUCUUGGAUUCCUUUUGGGGAUAAUUGCUACAAAUUUUUUAUUUAUGGAACAUCUUGGCCACACUCAGCCUUGAAAUGUACUCAGUUAGGGCAAGCUUCUUUGAUCAUCUCAUGUUUCAUAGGUGGUGCCUUAACUUCAAUUAAAGACUCAGAUGAAUUACACUUUUUAAAGGAAGAAAUGGAAAUACUUGGAAGUGAUGCGUUUUGGAUAGGUUUAUACACUAAUCAGCAAGGAGAAUGGAUAUGGCAAGAUAAUAGUAACAUUGCUUUUGUCAACUGGAAUAAACCGAAUGAUCACGGACAAAAUGAUGGAGGAGAGUCCUUAAGUAACAUUUGCAUUUUUGUGAAUAGUAGAUCUGGACUAUGGUUCAAAAGCCACUGUGAUUCUCGGGCAUCAAGAUCAUACAUUUGUAAAAGAAACAAAAUUAUUGAAGAAUCAGCUGUAAACGCUACAAAAAUAUCAGUGAUGAAAGGAGUGGCACCUCUAUCAACACAUGGCACAGCUGCGGUGGUAGUUAUCUCAAUUAUCCUCAUAGUCAUCAGUAUAGGAAUCGCAGCCUAUAUUUUCUGUAGAAGAAGAAACAGACCACAACAAGUCUCUGCUGGAUUUGACAAUUCUUUGUAUAAAGACAAUGUGGUUAUUCUUCCUAAGGAUUCACAACAUCUUGAAGAAAUUUAA